AGGACCUGAUACUCAGAUUGUCUAUACAGUCACUGAGAGCAGUUUGUUGCAGCAUUUUGCUCUAUAAAUUAACAUUGUUGAACUCUGUUAUUCUAUUUUUGUUCUUUAUUAGCGUUCUAUACUUAUAUAAAAUACUUCGGUAGCUUCUCGAUUUUGGUUGUCUCAGCUUCAUCUUUCACCUCAGGAUGGAUCAUCAAGACUGGCAGCGAGGGAAAAGUAGAGGUCACAGGCGCUACGAUGAUGAUGAUGAGGCCCAGCCAGUCUACAUCGGCGUUCCAGUUUCCCACAGACGGAAAAGGCGCAGACACCAUUCCAGUGUCAGUGACGCCGACCAUGACAGCCGGCACACGCACUACGACCACCACACACACCGUGAACGCUCACACCGGGAAUAUUACCACGACAGAGAGGAGCCCGACGACGAUGACGAGGCCAGCACAGAGCAGCACGAGCCCACCAACCUCUCAGUAUCCCCUGCAGCGGAGCGUCUGCGCCACAUACUGGAUGAUGACAACACCCCGACGCCCACGAUAUUCACAGAGAUGGACACACUACAGCACGAGGGGGGCGAAUUAGAGUGGAAAGAGUCUGCGAGGUGGGUGAAGUUUGAGGAGAAGGUGGAGGAGGGAGGAGAAAGAUGGAGCAAGCCUCAUGUGUCCACGCUGACCCUCCACAGCCUGUUUGAGCUCCGGACCUGCCUGCAGACGGGAAGCAUCCUGCUCGACCUGGAGGGCUACUCACUGCCGCAGAUCGUGGACGACAUCGUGGAUCGGCAGAUAGCUGAUGGUCUCGUUGCUCCGGAUCUGAGGGAGAAGAUCAGCUUUGUGUUGCUGCGGAAGCACCGUCACCAGACCAAGAAACCCAUCCACCGCUCGCUGGCAGACAUCGGAAAGUCCUCCAACACUGCUUCCAACCGUAGUCCUCAGGCUAAUCUGAACCGUAGUACUAGUACAGCUUCUGGGAUCCACUGCUCCACAGAAGACCUACGCUCUCGGCAGGCAAGCAGCCUUGGCCGCCUGCAUCCCUCCCAGAGCCGGAGCAUGAAUGAUAUUUCAGACACACCCAGCACAGACCAGCUGAAGAAUAAGUUCAUGAAGAAGAUUCCUCGAGAUGCCGAAGCGUCCAACGUCCUGAUUGGCGAGGUGGAUUUUCUGGACAAACCCUUCGUCUCUUUUGUGCGUCUGGCUCAGGCCACGACUCUCGGAGGCCUCACUGAGGUCCCUGUGCCGACGAGGUUUCUCUUCAUCUUACUCGGUCCUCACGGCAAAACCAAGUCCUACAAUGAGAUUGGCAGAGCUAUCGCGACGCUCAUGGUGGAUGAACUGUUCAGUGAUGUCGCCUACAAAGCCAGGGACCGUGACGACCUGAUUGCGGGUGUGGAUGAGUUUCUGGAUGAGGUCAUUGUCCUUCCUCCAGGGGAGUGGGACCCGAAAAUACGCAUCGAACCUCCAAAGAAGGUUCCAUCGGCAGAUAUGAGGAAGUCCGUGCUGAACCUGAACGAGCUGGGUCAAAUGAACGGCUCGGCCGGCGGUGCAGCUGGAGGAGAAGACGAAGAACUUCCAGCUCCACAUGAGCUUGGAGAGGAGCUGAAAUUCACUGGGAGGUUCGGAGGAGGAUUGUGGCUGGACAUCAAACGGAAAAUCCCGUGGUAUUGCAGUGAUAUCUACGACGGCUUCCAUAUCCAGUCUAUCUCUGCUGUGCUCUUCAUCUACCUGGGCUGCAUCACCAAUGCCAUCACCUUUGGAGGACUGCUAGGGGAUGCUACCGACAAUUACCAGGGAGUGAUGGAGAGUUUCCUUGGCACCGCUUUAGCAGGGACUGUCUUCUGUGUGUUUGGUGGGCAGCCUCUCAUCAUCCUCAGCUCAACUGGACCCAUUCUCAUCUUUGAGAAACUGCUUUACGAAUUCAGCAAGAACAAUGGUAUAGACUACAUGGAGCUGCGUCUGUGGAUCGGCCUUCACUCGUGUCUGCAGUGUUUCCUUCUCGUUGUCACAGACGCCAGCUACAUUAUCAAGUACAUGACCCGCUUCACAGAGGAGGGUUUCUCCAGCCUCAUCUCCUUUAUAUUCAUCUCUGAUGCCAUUAAGAAGAUGAUUGGAGCAUGGAAGUAUUACCCAAUCAACCGUGGCUUCAAGCCCGACUACAUCACUGCCUAUAAGUGUGAAUGCAUCGCGCCAGACCAGGCAUCUGCGCUGGGCUUGAAUGUUUCAGCUCCACUCUCAGACGAUAACAUGACUCUGCUGUUUAACUUGACAGACCUGGACUGGAGUCAGCUGAGUAAGAAAGAGUGUGUGAAGUAUGGCGGUGCGCUGGUGGGGAGCUCCUGUAAGUAUGUUCCUGACCUGGCCCUCAUGUCCUUCAUCCUCUUCUUUGGGACAUACUCCAUGACUGUUUCCCUCAAGAAGUUCAAGUUCAGCCGCUACUUCCCCACAAAGCUGAGGAAGCUAAUCAGUGAUUUUUCCAUCUUCAUGUCAAUCAUGUGCUUUGUGGGUCUGGAUAUGUUGAUGGGGUUAGACACACCCAAACUAAUCGUUCCAACUGAGUUCAAGCCCACGCGGUCCGACCGUGGCUGGUUGGUGAUGCCGUUUGGUAAGAACCCCUGGUGGUGGUAUGUGGCCAGCUUCGUUCCCGCCCUCCUGGUCACCAUCCUCAUCUUCAUGGACCAACAGAUCAGCGCUGUCAUCGUCAACCGCAAAGAGAACAAACUAAAGAAGGGUUGCGGCUACCAUCUGGACCUGUUCUGGGUGGGCGUGCUGAUGGCUGUGUGCUCCUUCAUGGGUCUGCCCUGGUACGUAGCAGCCACUGUCAUCUCCAUCGCUCACAUCGACUCUCUGAAGAUGGAGAGCGAGUCCAGCGCUCCUGGAGAGCAGCCACAGUUCCUCGGAGUCAGGGAGCAGAGGUUGACGGGUAUCCUGGUGUUCGUUCUUACCGGGCUCUCAAUUUUCCUCGCUCCGAUUCUCCAAUACAUCCCCAUGCCGGUGCUGUACGGAGUGUUCCUUUACAUGGGAGUGGCCUCACUGAGUGGCAUCCAGUUCUGGGAGCGGAUCAAGUUGUAUCUGAUGCCACCCAAACACCAGCCAGACUUCUCCUUCCUGCGUCACGUCCCGCUGAGACGCGUCCAUCUUUUCACCCUCGUCCAGAUCGUGUGUUUGGCCGUCCUCUGGAUCCUGAAGUCCACCUUCCUCGCCAUCAUCUUCCCAGUAAUGAUUCUGGGUCUGAUGGUCGUACGGAAGCUGCUGGAUCUGAUCUUCUCGCAGCACGACUUGGCCUGGCUGGACGACAUCCUGCCAGACAAAGACAAGAAGAAAAAGGAGGAUGAGAAGAAGAAGAAGAAGGAUAAGAAGUCGGUGGAGCCAGAGAGCGACGAGGAGUGUUGCUGAAAAGGCACUGUACCACACUUACUACAGUCUUUUUGUCUGUCCGUUCUCCUUUUAGUACGUCCGUCCACCUCGCCCACUGUGUUCACUCUGUUUGCAUCUUUGUGCCCAUUAUGUCUGAACUGAAGAUGCUCCACUGAAGGAUGAGGCUUGUGAUAUUCUAUAGUUUUGUCAACAAAUUCAAUGAAAACAACAAAACUGACCUUGUCUUUAAGGUUAUAUAUAUAUAUUUAUAUAUAUAUAUAUUAUAGGAAAUUUGCUGCCACUAGAUGUCUCACUAGAGCACCAGACUUCAUUGACAAAACCAGUAAUUUUAGAAACAAACAAACUCAUCUUUGUUAGGCUUUCCACAGUCUUUCAAAGCAACGCUGGUUUGGUCAAAAGAAACCUUUAAUUGAUCGAGUCAGAUGGGAAAGUAUUUGGGAACUGUCAACAGGAUUCCCACGCGUCAUGGAAAACCUGGAAAUUUAGAGACUAGUUUUCCAGUCGAGGAAACACCUGGAAAUUGAUUAAAAUUACCAAAUAUCCUGGAAUUUUUUUUUAUUAUUGUAUUUCAUCCUGUGCUGUGGACACAUUAAUGUUACUGUUAGAGGAAAGCUGCAGUCAAUGGACCUUUUUUCACAGCAGCCAUUUUGACAUGAAACAGUAGGGUAAACAGGUGAUACCAAUGAUACUAAUGAAUAUUGGCUCACGGGAAAGGUUCUACUAAACUUAAUGGAACAGAGCCUUCAUUAGUAUCAUUGGUGACACAUGUUUACCCUACUAUAUCAUAUCAAAAUGAAAAGGUCUUUUUGGAAAGUUGAGAAUUCGGCUGUGGUGAGAACAGCUGUAACAUCACGAUCACUCUCCACCAGACUCCAUAGACAAAAACGCAGAUUUUACCUCACAGACCAGUGUAUCAUCCUAACUCCCAUUAAGCUUUUGUUGCUUUUGUAACUUUCAGAAAUCUACUUUGAACCUUAACUUCAUUCAAGCGUAUUUACUGUCAGUUAGCAGUGAGGUACUGCCUUUUAGUGCAUCUGUGACGUCCUGUCUGUAGCUCUAGUAGUAGUUUAAUGUUUAAAAAAGGGCCAGUGCUAUCAAACAAGAUUCGAUUCUAUCAAACAAACGGGAGGAAAUGUGUUGGGGACUAUUUUCAGCGGCGGAUUAAUCCACAUUUGGUGCUCUAGUGAGUGUUUGUGGCAGCAGGACAACAACAGUGUGUCACAGAGGAAGAAGAUCAUAUUUUUUGAGGGUAACAAAAAUACAGAAUAUAUUGAGUCUGAUCCUUUAAAGUCACAGUUUGUCCUGCAUGCCGACAACUUCCUGUUUCUGUC